UACUGAUAGAACCGUUAUAUGGUACAUUUUCUCGUAAUAAUAUUGUUAUUAUGCGGUUUGCGUCUAGAAGUCCCUUCUCAGCGCUUGUUUUAGGAUUUUUUUUCGAAAAUUUGAGAAAAUACAGUGUAAAAAUGAGUGUGGUAGUACCAAACAUCGACUUAAAGACUAGCAGGGGAAGUUUGCCUAUGCCCAUCUUGGGGUACGGUACAUGGCAGGCUACAGACCAAGAACUUGAAGCGGCUGUAGAAUCAGCCCUACAAGCUGGAUACAGGCAUAUCGAUACAGCCCACGUAUACGAAAAUGAAAAAGUUAUAGGAACUGUUUUGAAACGCUGGAUAAAUUCGGGAAAACUCAAAAGAGAUGAACUAUUUUUGGUUACUAAGCUUCCACCAGGUGGUAUGCGUCCAGAAGGUGUAAAGAAAUAUAUCAAGAGAUCUCUGGAUUUGCUUCAAGUGGACUACGUUGAUUUAUACCUUGUUCACACACCGUUUGCCUUUAAUGAUGUUGAAGGAGAGCUUCACCCUUUCAAACCAGAUGGAAGCAUUGACUUGGACGUCAAUACUGAUCAUAUUGCUAUUUGGAAGGCAAUGGAAGAACAAGUGGACAAAGGACUGACCAAAGCCAUAGGAGUAUCUAAUUUUAACCUAUCUCAAAUUCAAAGAAUUUUGAACAAUUCUAGAAUCAAACCAUGCUCUCUACAAGUAGAACUGCAUGCUUACAAUCAGCAGAAAGAGUUGGUAGAUUUUUGCAAGAAGAACAGUAUGGUAGUUACAGCUUACUCACCAUUGGGUAACCCUGGACUCAGCAAUUUCUUAACUAAGUUUGGAAAAACAGUGGAGCUCCCUAACAUCAUGAAGAACCCCACCGUCAACGAACUGGCUAAGAAAUACGGCAAAACGCCCGCACAGAUACUUUUGAAACACACGGUACAGAGAGGCGUGUGCGUCAUACCGAAAUCGACCAAUCCCGAAAGGCUCAGGCAGAACAUAGAUAUAUUUGGGUUUGAAUUGGACAAAGCAGAUAUGGAAGCCAUGGAUGGUUUGGACCAAGGAGUCCGUUUGUUGGACUUCACUCUAUUCAAAGGAAUAAAGGACCACCCAGAGUAUCCAUUUCCGGAAUUGAAAUAAAAAGAACAUACAUUUUCACGACUGACAGAGAGAAGCUUGCCUAUUUAGAAAAACCUACACUUGUUCUACACUUCCGAAUUUUCUACACCUCACAUUAUUUUUACCUACUUAAUAAUUUGUAACACUUAAAAUAAUGAAUAUACAUAUAAAUGAAUUAUGGAAAGCUUGAGGUUAUUGUUUCAUAUAUUAAUUUUUUUAAUGACAUAUAAUAUUAUCAAUUAUAAUGAUAUUUGCGUGAAAAAAUGCUUUUAAAUCAAUAUCGAAAUUGUCAAAAUACCCUUGCUGAAUGAUAAAAUAAAAAAAAACAAUUUUAACAAUCGAAUACUAAAUUUUAUUAUUCUUGAAAACAUACAAAAAACAACAACAACAACAAUAUUUCAACAUCAUUAUAGACUAGAUAAUAAACAUAUUCACUGUAGGUUGGAACCUUUAUAGGAGUUACAACAGAAAAUUAUACAUUUUAAACCAAAAUACAUUAUUUAUCAAUCUAAAGGCAUAUUUUAAAAAAUAUUAACACUACAAGUAAACAAUUUCUAGUUAUAAUAUCAAUAAAAUGCCAUUUAGGUAUACUAGAUGUUUAUUAAAUAAGUCCAAAAAUGUUUUAACUGGUAAUAAUAAUAUUUCGACCCUAGAAGCACGCUUAUGUAUUUUUUCAGGUAAAAUAAAUGCUAAAAAUUU